AUGGCCAAGUUAGGAUUAGGCUAUGAAAAAUUUCAUGCAUGUCCUAAGGGUUGUAUGUUGUUUUGGGAUGAUAACGUUGACAAAGAGACGUGCACUAUUUGUGGAACUUCUAGAUGGAAAACCAUGGAAGAUAUGCCAGAAGAUGGAAUAGGUUUACAAAAGAAGAAGGCUAUGAACAUUUUGCGUUGGUUUCCCAUAAAAUCGAGGCUUCAAAGAUUGUUCAUGUCCUCAAAGACGUCUGAUCUCAUGAAAUGGCAUCAUUUUGAGCGAGUGCAAGAUGGUAAGUUGCGACAUCCGGCUGAUGCAUUAGCAUGGAAAGACUUUGAUAAGAAAUAUCCUGAAUUCGCAAAUGAUCCUCGUAAUGUUCGUUUGGCCCUAGCAAGUGAUGGUUUUAAUCCAUAUAGGACGAUGAAUGUAGCCUAUAGUAUUUGGCCUGUCUUUCUCAUUCCAUAUAACCUACCUCCAUGGUAUGUGAUGAAACAACCGAACUUCAUUCUUUCUUUGAUAAUUCCCGGUCCGAAAGGACCUGGGAAUAAAAUAGAUGUUUACAUGCAACCUCUGAUCAAGGAAUUAGAAGAGUUGUGGGAUGUCGGUGUUAAAACUUAUGAUGCCUCUAUGAAGGAGAACUUUUAUUUAAAGGCAGCAGUUCUUUCUACAAUCUCCGAUUUUCCAGGAUAUGCCAACCUUUCUGGGUGGAGCACCAAGGGAGAAUAUGCAUGUCCUCUAUGUGCUUUUGAUAAGUCAUCAAGAUGGCUAGAUCACGGGCAGAAGUGGUGUUACAUGGGUCAUCGAAGAUAUUUGCAUAAAAAUCAUUGUUCACGUAAAGAUACUCAAUCCUUUGAUGGAUAUGAGGAGUUAAGAGAUCCUCCCAUCCCACCAUCUGGGGUUAUUUGUCUCAAUCAGUUAGACUGUGUUGAGUUUCUUGUUGACAAUGCUGAAAAGAGUCCGUGGAAAAGGAAGAGCAUAUUCUUUAAGUUACCUUACUGGAAGAACUUGUUGUUGCGUCAUAAUUUGGAUGUCAUGCAUAUUGAAAAAAAUGUAUGUGACAACAUUGUCGGGACUUUGCUUGGACAAGUGGGGAAGUCAAAAGACAAUAUGAAAGCUCGUCUAGACCUAGAGAAAUGGGGCAUUAGAGAGGAGCUUCACCCUAAAAAGAAUCCUCGAAGCAAUAAUAUUUAUCUACCAAAAGCAUGUUAUGAAAUGACACGAGGCGAGAAAGAUUUGUUCUUAGAACUUCCGAAGUCUAUUAAACCUCCCGAUGAAUAUUCCUCUAAUAUUUCUCGUUGCGUGCAAUUAAAAGAUAGGAAGCUAACGGGGAUGAAAAGUUAUGAUUGCCACAUGCUGAUGCAAGAAUAUUUGCCAAUAACAUUACGUGGAACUUUGCCCGACCAUGUUAGCAUGAUUCUCAUCGACUUAUGUGACUUUUUCAAGCGCAUUUGUCUAAAGGACCUAAGUGAAGAUGAUCUGAAGUUUCUUGAAUCUCGAGCUGCUAUAACAUUAUGCAAGAUGGAACAAGUUUUUCCUCCCUCGUUCUUUACUGUCAUGGUUCAUCUGGUGAUCCAUCUGGUUAGAGAAGUAAGACUUGGAGGACCUAUGACGUUUUGGUGGAUGUACCCUAUUGAAAGGGACCUUUCAACUCUUAAAUCUUAUGUAAACAAUAAAGCUUACCCAGAAGGUUCAAUAGCGGAAGGGUACUUAGCUAGAGAAAGCUUAACUUUCUGCUCAAGAUAUCUGUCUGGAGUUAGAGACCUUAUUUUCCAGACCAGUAAGGAACGAUGA